AAAAUACCCAUAAAAUAAAAUAAAUCAAGACCGAAAAUUCCCAUCUGCCACCCCGGGGCAGCAUCCUCGCAUCUUCUUGCAGCCUACACGACAUACUUAAGCCUCCACCCCUCCCUCUUCCCCCUCAUCUCUGGAGCCGUUCUGAUCUCAAGACCCUUUUAUACAUAUCAUCGUAUCCAUCCAGCUGGUGCUUGGCCUCCGACAACCUCCCAUCACAUAAUAUUUAUUGACUGUCCGCCUUUUCUGAGCUUCUUCCUUCCGGCCACUAGAUUCCCAUCGCUAUACGCUUAAUACUAGACAAGACGACGACAUCCUGCUCGCAGCAAGAGCCGACGACGACGACAACAACAACAGAGUGAAGAUUAGGAAUAGCAACGAAGAGUGGAUUACUAGCCACUUGCCUCUCACACACACCCAAACCAACACGCAGACACAAUGGCUGCUGCCGUGAUAUCAAACACCUACCCGGGCCACCAGUUACAGUACAGCUACUUCACCCAGCCCCAGGGCCCGCCGUCGCCCCCUAUGGACGACAACAAGUGCUCGCUGCCUUCCAUCUCCAACCUUCUCGGUCUGGCGGAUCAGGGAUCGCCCACCUCUGAGACUGCUCCUCCGUUCCCGCAUCAGGGGCAGCAGCAGCAGCAGGCUCAGCAACAAUCACAAUCGAGGCACGAGACCAGGCCAAACUCGUCACACUACAAUGCGAUCCAGGCCGUCCGCGGCGGUAUGCCGCCAACCCCGCCCAUGACCUCGGAGGCUUCGUUUGACGGCUACAACUCGCCCUCCACCAAGUCUGUCAGCCAACUUCCCGGCGCAUCGGGCUACUACUUCGACUCGACGCCGCCCAUGGCCCACAUCGAGCCUGAGCACCGUGCCCACGCACACAUGGCACAAAGCGUCGCUCGCGUUCCCGUCCAGGCUCCUUUCGCCCAGCCCGCCUACGCCACACCCGGCCACUAUGGCAUGGGCCCGGCCAACCCCAUGACCGCCUACUACCCGACCAUGCAGCCCACGCCGCCGCCGCAGCCCCAGAUCUCUGGCCUGUACUACCAGAGGCCGCUGCCCCAGACCUUCCCUCCCAUUCCUGUGUCCGUUUCCCUGGCUCCCUCUUCGGGCGCGAACCCGUGGCAACACCACCACUACAUCUCUCCUUCGGCGGCCGCGUCCUUCCCCCAGUCGCAGGACAGGUACAUCUGCCAGACCUGCAACAAGGCCUUCUCCCGCCCUAGCUCUCUGAGGAUACAUAGCCACUCCCACACCGGCGAGAAGCCCUUCAAGUGCCCGCACGCGGGUUGCGGCAAGGCCUUCAGCGUCCGGAGCAACAUGAAGCGCCAUGAGCGCGGCUGCCACAACUUUGACAGUAGCAGCAGCAACGGAUCUCUUGCAUGAAGAGAGACGAGAACAAAGAACAAAAAAAGAAGAAGAAAAAAUCACAAAAAAAUACCACGAGAAGAUUUCGCUCCUAAUGAGUAUGCCGAGUUCGAAUAACGACGACAUAAUCUCGAUGCCACGAAGCCAAGAGGAAGGCAACACCUUCACCUCUCGACGAACGGUUUAAAAUCUAAUUUGGAUCCGUCACUUUUUCUUUCACUCGGUGUUUUUACCACCCACCAUUCACGCCUUUAUUUCUUUUCUUUGCACUUUUGGUUAAACCCAAUCAUUCGCUCACUUGUACGAUGCCAACCCGACCAUCUACUUUAUUUUGUUCCACACCUUGGCGGCCCCUGGAAAACGGCGCAAGAGGCAAAAUCUCCUUUCUAUCCCGGGUGGGAAAUAGCGGGCAGGGUUUUGGGUGGCAUGGCCUUCAUGAUCAAACGGGGUUUUCUUUUGGGAGGGGUCAAGGAGUCUGGCCAAAUCGGCAAUUUUCGACGGCGUUCAGGGGUCUCAAACCAAGCAUUUACAUCGGCGUUUGUUUGUUUUAUUUUGUUUUGGCUCUUUUUCUUCUUCGUUCCAUUCUCUUAUCUUCAUCAUCGUCGCUUCGAAACGCCGAAGAUGACAUUCAUGUCCCACGUUCAUACCCUUCACUUCACCCGACCUGUGUACUGUUGCGAGAGCUGGCCUUCCAACUUUACCCCCUAUCUCCCAAACAAGACACAGAAGUCCAUUUUUACUUAGACAGCCUUUUUGGGGAUGGCAGGCAGACAAGCCGCCACUUCACCUAUAAAAAUCACUUUUUGAGCCUCA